AUGGAUGUUCUCUCCAGCUUAAACUUUACUCUUUUCUUGACUGCUAUUCCAUUUUACAUCACUGGAUUCGUCGGUAAUGUGUUGGUCAUCCGCAUUGUGCAUAAAACACGAGAAAUGCACACGACAACUAAUUAUCUUUUAGCAAACCUUGCUGUUAGCGAUGUUAUUACCAUCUUUAUCUAUCCACUGUACGUGUCUUCCUAUUUGUACGGAUAUCUAAAUGAUGGAUUUGCCGCGAUAUUUGCAUGUAAGUUCUUGGUUCUCACUCAAAUUUCGGCUAUGGUCUCGGCAUUAACUCUGACAGUGUUGGCAAUAGAAAGGUAUCACGCGAUACUGAAACCCUUCAGAAGAGAUUUAUUGUUGAAUAAUGGCAACAUUAAGCGCGCUAUCGCUUUUGUCUGGGUCUUAAGCAUCGUAUUUACUUUCCCAGAAUUUUUCUUACAGGAAUGGAGUCAAAAAGAGUCUGCGUGUAGCGGUCCAUGGAGUCUGAAUGCGAAUCAAGCAAGCAGAGUUUAUUUGUAUUUUUACUCCGUUGUCUCUACCUAUGUUCCUCUCGGAGUGUUUUUGUUCUGUUACGGUUCUUUAAUCAAAGGAUUAUACUUAUCCAAUACAAUCUGUGCCACCGAUUCAGAUCAAGACAGAGAUGACAAAAAGAAACUUGUUGUUACAAUCAUCAUGGCUACUAUGGGGUUUGUUGUUGGUUAUGGAACGCUUGUUGUAUUUUACUGUGUUAUGACAUUCCAUAAUGGUGAACGGUUCAAGUCUAACUUACAUUACCAACUAUUGAGUGUGUUCUCCUUCAUGUUUAUCUGCAGUUUAAGUUUUAACCCGGUUUUAUACGCUUUUCGAAGCACGAACUUCCAAAAGGGCUUCAGAAAAAUAUUAUUCUGUCAGAAAAUAUCG